CUGUAAUCGUUGUGUUUGGGUCAUCUCUGUGUCCCCUCGGUUCACCCAGAGCCGUGUCCUCACCGAGAGAGCCAGUGAACCCUGACACAGUCUCUCAGAUCCCCCGGUCCCGGGUUGGCUGCUGCGUCCCGUUGCGCACAGAACAAUACAGUUUCCAAGCGCUGCACACUUCGCGCGCGCUCCGGAUUUUUUCGGGGUAUCUCGGGACAGCUGGUGAGAGAGAGAGAGAGGGGGAGAGAGAGGGAGAGAGAAACAGAGCUACAACUUUACGAGAGGAUAUGAUUCAUGUGUGGAUGACAGAGGAUCGGUGACAGGAGGACUCGGGGGAGUUCAGAUUCAGCAAGAACAAGGACGAGGCUUGGCCCCUCUCCUCCCCCGAGCAGUUUGCGCAAGGUUAUCCAUGCAGAGGCUCCUGUCGCGGCUGAAUGACCGGAGAGACACUUUACAUGGAUUUCUUCCCCAUCUGUGACUUAUGAAGUUACCUGCUUUUUACUCUCGGAGAUCGUGCUAGUCUCUCUCCUCUUCGCUUUCCCUCCCAAACUUCAGUCAGUGGAUCUUUUUUAGAGCGGCAGGAUGGGAUCACAGACCGGAGCAGCGCUGCAGAAACAGACGCUCCUGUGCUUCAUUGUAGCAGUGUCUCAGUGUGUGUCAGUACUCAGCUGUGGACCCCACUACGAAUAUGCCAUCGAGGAGUUCUGCCUGGCAAAAUUCAAACUGGACAUGCAGGAGCUGGACCAGAGACACUGGUGCAGCUGGGAGGACACAGUCGAACUCUACGGCGAGCUGACUAACUGCACGUUCCUGGUAGCGGAGAAGAUGGCGUGCUACUGGCCCAACAGGCUCGUGGACGAGUUCUUUAUUCGAGUCCACAAGCAGUACUUCCACGACUGCUCGAUGUCUGGACGGCUUCUUAGAGACCCACCCAAUAGAAUUCUGGGACCGUUCAUUGUUGUGCCCAUCCUGGUCACACUCCUAAUGACAGCGCUGGUGGUGUGGAGGAGCAAACGCAGCGAGGGGAUCGUUUAGGAGGAGGGGGAAGGAUAAAAAGACUACAGAUUCACACCUGGAAUGAGAUCAACUUAAAACCAGACUCUAAUACAGUGAUUCUUGAGUGCACGGACAGUAAUACGCAGCUCUUUUCUAUCGAUAUACCAACAGUCAUAGGUUCAAUAAUUCUUUGGUAUACAGAGCAUACAUGAGCUGAACUUUGUACCCAAAUAUGUUUUGGACCAGGAUAAUGGCUAGUGGAACUGAUUGUAAAUACAAAACAAUAACUUUGAGGAAAAACUGCUUCAAAGAAUUUCCAUUGUGGUGACCAUGCCACCACUUACAAGAACUGCACAACUAUUUUUGGAGACCAGGGAAAUUACUGUUACCUACUACAGUCAACAGCAACACAGGAAUGAAAUGGUGUUCUGGACUGUCCCAAAAAAAGAACUAUUUUACACCAUGGCUCAGAUUCAACAAGACAAUUACUGCAACCUCUGUUAGGGAAGCCAAGUAUCAAAGAGUAAAUGUGUAUAUACAGACCAUAGACUGUAUAUAAGUGUGGACAACACGUCUCUGUCUCCUUCACAAAGUGAAGCCAAAAUUCACUCACAAAGCGCACUUACACAUUGUGGUGUUGAUAUCAUUCAGGCCCAAGACUUGGGAAGAAGGAAUCUGGUUGGUGAAGCUGCAGAAUUGACAUCCUGCCAUAUCUGCAAACCAAAGCACACAUUCAACACACUGACAUAACAUCAAAGAUCCCUCGGGUCAGAACAGUCCACAAAUUGUUUUGAGUGUCAAUUUUGAAGCAGACACUCGCAAAUAUGGAAGUUUCGCUGACUCUUGUUUUAGUCUUCAGUAUAUUUCCUCUUGCCUUUUCUCAUCUCCUCUGCAUAUCUGUUAAAUAGCGGUGCAGGAGCCUGAUUUGUCAACAGAGCUGUCAAUCAUGUCAUGCUAUUUGAUACUCCUUUUCUCAUCAAAUUACUAAACCUCUCAGAAAAGUGAACACUUGAACAUAAAUCAGCAUGAUUAGAACUUUAUAAUGACAAACAUUUAUUUGA